AUGCCACUUUCAUACCCUGCUGCACUUUCUACGCUGGAAGAGCAGCAGUGAUCCCACAUGCACCUCCAAACAUUUUUUUUUUCUUGUGAUUUUAAGGGAGAUUUUAUUUAGAGGCGGCGCUUGUUGGCUCCAGAGUAGCGCCGUAACGACACUUUUUCCCCCAGUCCCUGUUAAAAGAGUUUGACCAGGGCCAGAGUUGGUGCUGGGGGGUCGCCUAUAGCUUAGUAAUAACCUGGGGGGUGAUUGCUGCGUUUUUGUUUUUUUUUUUAAAUCCCAGCAGAUUUUUUUAAUAUAUAUUUUAUUUUUUAUUUUAUUUUUUUCUACUUCUCUGCAUAUCGGCACUCUAAAGAUCUGAUACCCCCUUCGAGAUUUCUUUUUUCUUCCCCCCUUUUCAGAUCAUGAACAAACUAUAUAUCGGGAAUUUAAGUCCUUCGGUCACUGAGGAGGACUUGAAGCAGCUCUUUAGGGAGAAGAACCUUCCAGUGCCCGACAAGAUCCUACUGAAAAACGGCUAUGCUUUUGUGGACUUCCCCGAUCAGAACUCGGCCAUAAAGGCUAUAGAGAUUCUUGGUAAAGUUGAAUUACACGGAAAGGUGAUAGUGGUAGACUACUCUGUUCCCAAAAAACUAAGGAGUCGGAAGAUCCAGAUCCGGAACAUUCCCCCUCAUCUACAGUGGGAGGUUUUGGACAGCCUUCUAGCUCAAUAUGGUACUGUAGAAAGCGUGGAUCAAGUGAACACUGAUACAGAAACAGCAGUGGUGAAUGUUACAUACGCAACCAAGGAGGAAGCUAAACUAGCCAUUGAGAAGUUGACAGGACACCAGUUCGAAGACUACUCCUUCAACGUGUCAUAUAUCAUGGACAUGGAUGCUGCUCCACCCGUCCAGGCUCCCCGCACACGGCGUGGGGGUCGGUCUUCCCGGGACCAGGGUGCCUGUCAGGCCGGGCCGUCAGGAGGCUUCGGAUCUCCGCGUCCCCGACAACAGGACUUCCCCCUGCGUAUCCUCGUGCCUACUCAGUUCGUGGGAGCCAUCAUCGGCAAGGAAGGCCUCACCAUCAAGAAUGUCACCAAACAGACGCAGUCCAAGGUGGACAUUCAUCGGAAGGAAAAUGCAGGUGCAGCAGAAAAACCCAUCACCAUCCACUCAACCCCCGAGGGCUGCUCCUCAGCCUGUCGCAUGAUCCUGGAGAUCAUGCACAAGGAGGCCAACGAGACCAAGACGACGGACGACAUCCCUCUGAAAAUCCUUGCCAACAACAGCCUGGUGGGCCGGCUGAUAGGGAAAGAUGGCCGCAACCUGAAAAAGAUCGAGGAGGAGACAGGGACCAAGAUAACUAUCUCCUCGUUACAAGACUUAACCAUUUGCAACCCUGAGAGGAUCAUCACGGUGAAUGGCAGCUUGGAGGCGGUUUGCAAAGCCGAGGCGUUGAUCAUGAAGAAACUGAGGGAAGCCUACGAGAACGACGUUGCUGCUAUACACCAACAGGCCAACCUGAUCCCAGGCUUGAACCUGAACGCUCUGGGCAUCUUCUCCUCUGGUCUGCCGGUGCUGCCCCCUGCUGCUGGACCACGUGGUGCAGUGCCCCAUGUGGCACCAGCAGGAUACAACCCAUUCUUAAGUCACUCUUCACAUCUCAGUGGCCUGUACGGGGUUCCUCCAGCAAGUGCCAUCCCCCACCAGCACUCACACCAUGCUCCAGAACAGGAGGUUGUCUACCUCUUUAUUCCAACUCAGGCAGUCGGGGCCUUGAUCGGGAAGAAGGGUCAGCACAUCAAACAACUUGCCCACUUUGCCGGAGCUUCCAUCAAGAUCGCCCCGGCUGAGAGCCCAGACGUCACCGAGAGGAUGGUUAUCAUUACUGGAACCCCCGAAGCUCAGUUUAAGGCCCAAGGUCGGAUAUUUGGGAAGCUGAAAGAAGAGAACUUCGUCUCAGCAAAGGAGGAGGUCAAACUGGAGACGCACAUCAAGGUUCCCUCAACUGCAGCGGGCAGGGUCAUCGGUAAAGGUGGCAAGACGGUAAACGAGCUACAGAACCUUACGAGCGCAGAGGUCAUCGUACCGCGGGACCAAACUCCUGACGAGAAUGACGAGGUCUUUGUGAAAAUCAGUGGGCAUUUCUUUGCCAGCCAGACUGCACAGAGGAAGAUCCGGGAGAUCAUUCAGCAGGUCAAACAGCAGGAACAGAAGCACCAGCAGUGCGCCGCCGUGUCACCGCACCACUCCAAGUGACCAGCGAGGUGGCUCCAGUGGGCACCAGCCAAUGAAUGUAGCCCUCCCAAACGGACAGAGACCUACCCAGACUAAGGCCAAGGCCAAGGGGGACAUGCAGGGCAGACCAGCAGCACCGGGAUCAAAACCAAAGAACUUCGCUAGGGGGGAAACAAGUGAGAGCCAAAGGCUGAGGGCAUUGUGUGCACUGCCAGCCCUGUGAGAGCAGAUAGAGUGGGAGAAACCGUACUGAUACAGUAAAAUAAAAAGACCAAAAAACAAAAAAAAAAAAAAAAAAGGAAAA